CAUGCGACGCUGAGUCGACUUGCGAAACAUGGCGGAGGCACUUUCCAUCAAUUGAGCUUGCACUCCGGAUACUUCAGGUCAAUUGGAAUCCCAGAUGACAUGAAGAACAUUCUUACCGUCCGGAGGCCUUCGCCAACUACCGUGCUAUACAAAGUCUCGACUCGCUCGGCAAACAACGCAUACCCAGCCCAAGUCCGUCGCAUCCUCAUAGGACUGGUUAGAAUACUCCUAGGCCUAUCAAUAACAUGUGUCCUGGUCGCCAAAGCAUACACAUCCGCUACACCGCGCUGGAAGAGCCACUCUGACUAUGCUUCAACCUUUUUACCACCUGGUCUGGCGCAGAUCUCGAAUUCCUCGGCGGCUGGCAUAUCCUGGAUGUAUCUGGCUCCUGUCAGUCUGGCACUGUUUUCUGUCAUACUGAGGAAAGGCUAUACUACUGAAUCUUUGCUGGUCAUCCGAGGGAUGGGUGUGCAGACGACGACGAGUAGUCCCACGUAUUUGAGUACUGCGACGACAAGAUUCAUUCCUACGAACAUGAUCCAGGACAUUUUCAUUCAUGAGGCAUUCAAAGGAUUCGAAGUGAGAUUCUAUCUCUCUAUUGUGGUUGAAGGCGAGCAUGAUGUCGUUGUGGUGUUCCCGGUAAGUUUACUGAGAUUCAUAUAACAAUCUCAAUGCUAACACUUUCCGACAGAGCAUUCUCCCGAAAAGAAAAAUACUAGAAGA